UAUAAAUAUUAAUUCGAAUGAUGAAUAAUACUACCGAAUACCCUUCUCAAAUAACUGAGACAAUUUAAGGAAUCACUUUUUCGAGUGCAUUUGAUUCUGGUAAUCUGAAGAGUGUUCGUAAAGAGAAUAGUGGAAGAGUAUGUAAAUUUUAACAUUAUUAAGUACAUUCUAAACAUAUCAAGUGAUUGGGGAAUAAAUGGUAAAACAACAAAUUAUAGAACAUGGUUUUAUUUUUCAGUGUCUGGAGUAAAUGAAGGUGAACUUACAUUAGUGAUUGCCAAUCUCUAAAACUAAGUAUAUAAAUAAUAUAAUGAAUAUAGAUGGGACUUUUCAAAGAUGGCAUGUAGCCAGUUUUUAGAAAUUGUCAUUCAUCUUAAUGGGAGAGAUUGAAAUAGCCAUGCCAAUAUCGUUUAGUCCCAGAGGGUCAUUUUGAAAUAACUUUCAAGCAUUAUUUUGUUAAUGAUUCAACAGUUUAUUUUGCUUUUUUUUAUCCAUGGAGUUGUGAAGACAAUGAUGUAUAAAAAAUAAAUAGUUAUAGAAUUUUCUAUAACUAUGCUAGGCAAUGUCUCUUUAAGUACCUGAAAUAUAUUAUGAUAAUUCAGUACUGGCUUACUCAAAAGAGGGUAGGCCAAUAAAUUUAAUAACAAUAACUAAUGGAUCAUCUUAAAUUAAGGAGGAACCAAUAUCUGGUUUAUUCCCUUAAAGUAGACCCUAACAUUUCAAGAAACCACACAUUUUUAUUUCUGCUAGAGUACAUCCAGGUGAAGUACCAGGGUCUUUUGUUAAUAAUGGAUUGAUGAAAUAUUUGCUUAAUGCUUAUGAUCCUGCAGCAUAGGUAGCUAGAGAAAAAUUUGUUUGGAGUAUUGUUCCAAUUAUAAAUCCUGAUGGAGUUUAUAGAGGUCAUUAUAGAACUGAUUCUUUAUGUUAAAAUCUAAAUAGAUAUUACUUGUCUCCAUCAAAGGAAGACCAUCCAACAAUUUAUGCUAUUAAAGAAUAUAUUUUGAGACUAUAAAAUACUGAUAGAUUUUAUGGAUAUAUUGAUUUACAUGCUCAUGCUGGUCAUAAAGGAGUUUUCAUUUAUGGUAAUUAAUUGCCUUCCUUAAGUUAACAUACAUCUAAUUGCAUAAUACCUAGAUUAAUUAGUUUGUAUUCAGAAAUCUUUGAUUAUGAUGCGUGUAACUUUACUGAAAAAAAUAUGUAUGCUGCUGAUAAAGGAGAUGGAUUAAGUAAGGAAGGUUCGGGAAGAGUAGCAUUUUAUAAGAUUUGUGGUAUAGUUCAUAGUUAUACUCUUGAAUGUAAUUAUAACACAGGAAGAAUUACCAAUAUAAUGUAUGAAGAAAGUUCUAGUAUUUAUUUUUAUUUAUAUUAGAUAAUUCUUAUACUGAUGAAUAAUUAGAUGAAAACAUAGUUCUGGGAUCUGUAUAUACCUCUAAUCCAAAAUCAUAUUUCUUUUCAAUUUAAGAUUAUGAAUAAGUUGGAGUUGGUAUUGUCAAUGCUUUUUUAGACUUUAAUCUUAUUAAUCCAAUGAGUAGAUUGUCAGCUUCUCCUUUUAAAACUUUAGCUAAUUUGAGAACAUUCUUAGCAUAUAAUAUCAUGAGAACUAUGCAUUAUAGAUUUGAACCUUAUUUAAGAAAGGUUCUUAAGUAAAUUAUUCAUUUAUUUUUUCAGGUUUAUCAAUAACAAAGAGUAAUUGAAUAGGGUAUUGAAAGCUUUUUAUGAAUAUAUUUGCAUUGGAUAAAUAAAAGAUAAUUUAGAAGCUAAUUAAGAUGUUCUAGUACAAAAACCAUAAACAAGAUAUUAAAAAGCUCAAGAAAUUAAGAAAGAUAAAAGAUUUUAAAUUUAAUAAUAAUAAUAAUAAUAAUAAUAAUAAUAAUAAUAAUAAUAAUAAUAAUAAUAAUAAUAAUAAUAAUAAUAAUAAUAAUAGAAAUAAUAAUAAUAAUAAUUUAGGAAAUCUUAAUAUGAAUAAGUUCCUGUAAAAUAAUAUCCAUUCUCUGAAGUAGAUUUAGAUUCUAGAUAAAUGAGAACUUAAAGUUAAGGGAAAACGAGAGCUAGAUCUGAAACAAAAUAAUAAUAAAUCUAACAGUAGUAAUAAUAAAAAGUAUAAAGAGCAUUUAAAAUAAAAAGAAAUGUGAAAAUAUGA